AUUAAAUAGGGAAUUAAAUGGUGUCGUAAUUGUUGAUAAUAACAAGACUAAUAUUAGGAGAUUCAGCACAUGCGCAAAUAUCAGGUCCAGGUUCAGCAAAUGCGAUGGAAAGUGAAGGAGGGAUAUCAGGGAAGAAAUAAAUAGAGAGGGGAGUCCUGUCCUCUUUACGAUCUAUCUUUUCCCCAAUCCAAUCUCUCUAUCUCUCUCCCCUUUGGUUUCCGAUUAUCAUGGCUGAAAACGCGGUGGCCAACAGGAAGCGUUGCGGCACCAACGAUGUAGUUUCGGACGGCGAUGCCAAGAGGAAGAACGCGGCACGCGACAUGGACCCCGCCGCCGCAUUGGCCCUCACGCGUCACGAGUUCGGGGAGCACGGCGGCGUCAACAUGUCCAUCGAGGCCUCCGCCACGUUCACGGUCAUGGAGCCGGAGACCCUCCGCCGAAUGUUCGCCGGUGAGCUGGGCCCCGACCGCGACUUCUUCAUCUACAGCCGCCAUUUCAACCCGACGGUGCUGAACCUGGGCCGCCAGAUGGCGGCCAUGGAAGGCACCGAGGCCGCCUAUUGCACCGCCAGCGGCAUGUCCGCUAUCUCUUCGGUGCUCUUACAGUUGUGCAGCUCCGGCGGACACGUGGUGGCGUCCAACACGCUCUACGGCGGGACCCACGCCCUGCUCUCGCAUUUCUUUCCCAGGACAUCCAACAUCAACACGACCUUCGUGGACAUAGACGAUUUGGAGAGCGUGGAGAGCGCCAUCGUGGAAGGGAAGACGAAGGUACUGUACUUCGAGUCCGUGGCCAAUCCCAGCCUGAAGGUGGCCAACAUUCCGGAACUGUGCCGCGUGGGACACGCGAAAGGCCUGACCGUGGUGGUGGACAACACCUUCGCUCCCAUGGUCAUCUCUCCCGCCCGUCUCGGUGCUGACGUGGUGGUUCACAGCAUCUCGAAGUUCAUCAGCGGCGGUGCUGACAUUAUUGCAGGGGCUGUGUGCGGGCCAGCGAGUCUGGUGAAUUCGAUGAUGGACCUUCACCAAGGGGCUCUGAUGCUGCUGGGUCCGACGAUGAAUGCGAAGGUGGCGUUCGAGCUGUCAGAGAGAAUUCCUCACCUGGGCCUUCGGAUGAAGGAACACAGCCACCGAGCGUUAGUGUUCGCGACGAGGCUGAAGAAACUGGGAGUGAAGGUGAUCUACCCAGGGCUGGAAGAGCACCCACAGCAUCAGCUCCUGAAAUCAAUGGCGAACAUGGAGUACGGGUACGGGGGGCUUCUUUGCAUCGACAUGGAAACGGUGGAUAGGGCUAACAAGUUGAUGAGUCAGUUGCAAAACGAUGUUCAGUUUGGGUUCAUGGCGGUGAGCUUGGGGUAUUACGAGACUCUCAUGUCCUGCUCUGGAAGCAGCACCAGCAGUGAGAUGACUGCGGAGGAGCAGAGGACUGCCGGCAUCUCCCCAGGUCUCAUCAGGAUGUCUAUUGGAUACAUUGGCACUUUGGAGCAGAAAUGGACUCAGAUGGAAAAGGCACUCACUAGAUUCAACGACACCCACCCCAUCCCGUAGUUCUUUCUCUUCUCUUCUUCUUCUUAUGCUCCAACACUAUGGAAUCUUUUAUUUUUAUUCAAUGAAACUAUAUUUAUGUUGCAU